CCCUCCCCAAGCGAGCGCGGUUGUUGUCCCGGAGAACGUCCGACUUGCGUCACAUUUGUCAGCGUCCGUCCAGGUGUGCAGAACCGAGCUGCCGGCGGUCGAAAUGGCGGAGAACAGAGACAAGUCUUGCGACCAGAUGAAGCUGUGGAAGGAGAGCCGCGGGCUUCAGAAGCCAGAUACACUGACCACAGGGGCCGGGAUCCCCAUUGGGGACAAGUUGAAUGAGCAGACAGCGGGACCCAGGGGUCCUCUGCUGGUCCAGGAUGUGGUCUUCACAGAUGAGAUGGCUCACUUCGACCGGGAGCGCAUUCCAGAGCGGGUGGUCCACGCUAAAGGAGCAGGUGCCUUUGGCUACUUCGAGGUGACUCAUGACAUCACUCGCUUCUGCAAGGCCAAGCUGUUCGAACACGUGGGCAAGACGACGCCGAUCGCCGUCCGCUUCUCCACCGUGGCCGGCGAGUCGGGCUCCGCUGACACGGUGCGUGACCCGCGAGGUUUCGCUGUGAAGUUCUACACCGAGGAGGGAAACUGGGACCUGACGGGGAACAACACCCCCAUCUUCUUCAUCCGGGACGCCCUGCUGUUCCCCUCCUUCAUCCACUCCCAGAAGCGAAACCCCCAGACCCACAUGAAGGACCCCGACAUGGUGUGGGACUUCUGGAGCCUGAGGCCCGAGAGUCUGCAUCAGGUGUCCUUCCUGUUCAGUGAUCGCGGUAUUCCCGAUGGCUUCCGCCACAUGAACGGCUACGGCUCCCACACCUUCAAGCUGAUCAAUGCCGAGGGCCAGCCCAUCUACUGCAAGUUCCAUUACAAGACUGAUCAAGGAAUAAAGAACCUGCCCGUGGAGGAGGCAGAACGACUGGCGUCCACUAACCCAGACUAUGCCAUCGGAGACCUCUUCAACGCCAUCGCCAACGGCAACUUCCCCUCCUGGACCUUCUACGUCCAGGUUAUGACCUUUGACCAGGCAGAGGAGUUCAAGUUCAACCCCUUCGAUCUGACCAAGGUGUGGUCCCACAAAGAGUACCCGCUGAUCCCCGUGGGGAAGAUGGUGCUCAACAGAAACCCCAUCAACUACUUUGCUGAGGUGGAGCAGCUGGCCUUUGACCCCAGUAACAUGCCGCCGGGCGUCGAGCCCAGCCCCGACAAGAUGCUUCAGGGUCGUCUGUUCUCUUACCCCGACACGCACCGACACCGGCUGGGGGCCAACUACCUCCAGCUCCCCGUCAACUGCCCCUACAAGGCCCGCGUGGCCAACUACCAGCGAGACGGCCCCAUGUGCAUGUUCGACAACCAGGGUGGCGCGCCCAACUACUACCCCAACAGCUUCAGCGCCGCAGACACCCAGCCUCGCUUCAUGGAGUCCAAGUUCAAGGUGUCUCCAGACGUGUGGCGCUACAACAGCGCCGAUGACGACAACGUCACACAGGUGAGCACCUUCUACCGCGAGGUGCUGAACGAGGAGGAGCGGCAGAGACUCUGUCAGAAUCUGGCCGGCGCCCUGAAAGGAGCCCAGCAUUUUAUCCAAGAACGCAUGGUCCAGAACCUUAUGAAUGUCAGUCCAGACUACGGAAAGCGGGUUCAGACACUGCUCAAUAAGUACAACGCCGAGGCCCCGAAGAAGCCAGCUGUGCAUGUUUACCACCGUGCAGGUGCCUCUGCUGUUGCCGCCCCCUCCAAGAUGUGAUGCCGUGAAUCUCCACCGGGGAGCGUACCGUGUGCCUGCUUUUGCACUCAAUCCAGCAACAAAAACAAGCGCAUACUCCUUAAAUUCCAAACAAAAGAAAAUGGAAAUAUUUAGUGAUUACAUGCGCAUUUCAGGUCUGUCAAGGAGGGUAACGGCAAGGCUGCUAGAGGAUUUUCCCUCCCAGAAUGCUUCAGUUAAAAUGAUGAAUCUGCAUUUUAAAGUCUGUAAACCUUCUGUCCUUCAACAGCACAUGUAAUCGUUUGUUAACAGCAAUGUAGAAUGGAUGACUUUAGACCAGCGGUGUGACCUCCAUUUAAACAGAGGACAUUAACUAAAUGAAUGUGAACUGUGUCUAAACCCAUGACAACUUUUCCAUGUUGAGAGUGUGUGUGUGUGUGUGUGUGUGUGUGUGUGUGUGUGUGUGUGUGUGUGUGUGUGUGUGUGUGUGUGUGUGUGAGCUUGCUCAGUCCACUCAAUUUAAAAGGUCACAUUAAGAUGUAUUUUCUAUAUUCUAGGGGGCGUCCGGGUAGCGUAGCGGUCUUAUUCCCUUGCCUACCAACACGGGGAUCGUCGGUUCGAGUCCCCGUGUUGCCUCCGGCUCGGUCGAGCAUCCCAACAGACACAAUUGGCCGUGUUGGCGGGUGGGAAACCGGAUGUGGGUCUGUGUCCUGGUCGCUGCACCAGCGCCUCCUCUGGUCAGUCGGGGCGCCUGGGGUGAAUAGCGUGAUCCUCCCACGUGCCAAGUCCCCCUGGUGAAACUCCUCACUGUCAGGUGAAAAGAAGCGGCUGGUGACUCCACAUGUAUGGGAGGAGGCAUGUGGUGGUCUGCAGCCCUCCCCAGAUCAGCAGAGGGGGUGGAGCAGAGACCGGGACGACUCGGAAGAGUGGGGUAAUUGGCCGGAUACAAUUGGAAGGGGGGGGGUAUUUUCUAUUCAAGUCCAGUAACGUGAAUUUAGACAUUUCAAAACCACACGGUAGAAAACAACUUCUUAGCAGCUCUAGUUACCGUUUUGAUCAUCAGUAUUUUUAUUUAAUUCCUCUUCCCGAACUACCUGAAUAAGUUGUACAUUUUUGUUUUAUGUAAAUUCUUAAACACAGUACAAAUGACUUCAACUGAUAUGAUUAUUGUAAUUAGUCGUUCCUCUUACCAGAGAUUCCCAUUAAUCAGGAAAGCAGGAUAUUUCGUCGGUGUUUAACAUGAAGAUUUCUAACGUCCGUCCUCUGAAGCGCAGCUGUACUUAGUGCCUGAGACAUUUUUUAUUUUGUGCUCAAAGCUUGUGAGACAUUUUAAUUCUUUGUCUUAACUGUUUUCCAAUUGCUGCUUCUUCGCAUCAGCUGUAAUCAGAAACUCUGCCCUAAGUUUGUACACUGGCUUCGUCUGUAAUUAAAAGGAACUUUUGCUCCACCGAGCUGGUGGUGAAUCUUAUC